AUGGCUACUAAUGUGCCUUCUUCACUUGUCAAUUGGUCGCUGGGCUUCGGGAAUGACAAGACUCUUUUGAUUCAUCUCUCCACAGAUCAAGUUUAUGAGGGAGUGAAAUCCUUCUACAAAGAGGAGGAUGAGACACUGCCGGUGAACAUGUAUGGCAAAUCAAAAGUUGCUGCAGAGAAGUUCAUUACUGAGAAAUGCUCGAACUAUGCAAUCUUGAGAAGCAGCAUCAUUUACGGGCCACAAACUAUCUCUCCUGUGGAAAAGUCGCUCCCUGUCCAGUGGAUGAACUCUGUCCUUUCACAAGGCCAACAAGUUGAUUUUUUUAAUGAUGAGUACCGCUGCCCAGUUUAUGUAAAAGAUAUGGUGGAUGUAAUAUUGUCUUUAAUAAAAAGUUGGUUAUCAGAUGGCAAAAAAGUUCAGGUACUUCUGAAUGUCGGUGGACCAGAUAGGGUUUCAAGACUGCAGAUGGCUGAGUCUGUUGCUGAAGUUCGUGGAUAUAGCAAAUCGAUAAUCAAAUCUGUUCCUGCAUCAUCGGUUAACCGGGGUGUAGCUUCUCCGCCAGACAUAUCCAUGGAUAUCACCAGGCUAACUCAGACGCUCGGUAUCCAGCCGAUUACAUUCCUGGAUGGAGUCAGAGCUACACUUGGCGCAGAAGCCAGAUGUCUUACUGACCCUGUUCUGUGUGAGCGGUAUUUUAUUUUGCAGUCUCGAGUGGCCCGGGGACAAAGGAGAACACAGAUGCCACGCAGGUCAGCCUGCCCCUGUGGCCAUCUGUGUGAGGCAGCUCAUGGGGGUUCAUUCAUUGUCAACACCGAGCAGCAAGCACCACUGGAUGCCCUCUCCACAGCCUUGCACUAUUUAGAUUUAGAUUACUGGGCACCUACCCUGUUUGUGUCUGGAUUCCCACCAGGUCUACGCUGCUGCUAA